AGGAGGAGGCGGCGAUCGGGAGUGACCUGAGCAGCUGCCUAGGCCAGCCCCUCUCCUUCACCUGGGGGAAGCGGGAGCGGCGCCCGCCGGGGCCAAGUUUCCGAGAGGGGCGCCGGCGUCAGCCGGAGGGAGAAGAAGUUUCUAGCUGUCACCGCUGCCCAGCCGGGAGCAGCGGCGGACCGCUCGCUCCCGCCUCCCUUCGCACGCACGCUGAGCCUCGGAGGAGACCACAUUCAGUCUGGCUCUCUGGUGGCCCACCAGAUGUCAACAGAACUGCUAGGCUACAAGGCCUCAGUCAAACAGGGUUCCGUCUACGGGAUAUGAACUCUCUGGUCUGUCCAAAGCUCGAUUUUAAAGAGUGGACAGCCAUCACUGCUGACAACCUUCUUCAGUUCUCUGGGCCUGGCAUGAAUGGGAACAUAUCUCCUGAAGCACCUCAGUUAAGCGAAUCAGGACCGCCAGCCUCUCCCACAGCCCCCUCUCCGUCCCACAGCUCCCCGAGUAACGAGCACCCAGGGUCUCCCUUGGUGACAAACAUGCAGCUGCAGAAGUUUAAUAACCAGUACCAGGGGGGGCCUGGCACAGAGGCCCCAGAGGAGGAAACUCCCAUGCCAAACUGGCCAGUGGGGGGGAGCCAGCCAGAGGAGUCUGAGACUGCCUCUGACGAGGUCUAUAACCCCAAUCUCAUUGAUUCUGACCCCAUAGAUGAGGAGGUCCUUAUGUCCCUGGUGGUGGAGUUGGGACUGGACCAAGCUGGGGAGCUGCCCGAGCUCUGGCUGGGCCAGGAUGAGUUUGAUUUCACUACUGAUGUGCCCUCCAGCUGAAGCAAUAGGCACUCCAGUGGGUAGAGGGAUGUCUGUGUACAUGGGGGGGGGGGUGGGGGGAUGGGGGGGGGAGUACACGGAAAUGGGUCCCAGUUCAGCUGGACUCCCUCCCUAGUAAGCUCCUGUGUCUUGUGAUUUCUUGUAAAUACCAAUAAAAAAGGUUUUGCCCUGGUGGCAGUGUAGCCACCGGGCUUCAGUUCUUGUCA